AUGUUGUUUUACUGGGUUGUGGUAAUAUUUUACAUAUUUAGUCAGUUAGUGUUUAGUUCUAUUACAAUUUCAACAUUGAAAGAACUUGCAGAAUAUGGACAGAGUCUAAACUUGACUGGUGCGGAUUUGCAGCAGUUUAUACAGCAACAGCAGGCACAUCAGCGUGAGCUACGAGCAGCUGAACGGGAGAAAGAGAAGCAGGAUAGGGAGUAUCAUCUCAGUAAAGAAGCACUUGAAAUUGAGAAACUCAAACUACAGGAAAAGAAAGGUAUGGAAGAGAUUGAGAGUAAAUUCAUGCAAACUAUUCAAACUUUAGAGCAAAAGUUAGCUGUAAAGGAGUCAGAAACGAAAUCAGAAAAUUCUAGCAAUGCAAAGUUUCCAAAAAUGCCUGUAUUCGAUGAAGUUAAGGAUGAUAUUGAUUCUUAUUUGAGACGCUUUGAAAGGUAUGCUGCAGCACAGAAAUGGAAGUUGGACAGUUGGGCUGUUAACUUGAGCGCACUACUCAGAGGUCGUGCACUGGAUGUGUAUGCACUGUUGCCGCAGGAGAAAGCGUUGGACUAUGACGCUUUGAAGACGGCGUUACUAAACAGGUUUGAAAAGACGGAGGAUGGAUUUCGUCAAAAGUUCCGUAAAAGCAGACCUGAGGUAGGGGAAACUUUUUCACAGUUUGUUGUUCGUCUCGGUAGUUAUCUCGAUAGGUGGAUCGAACUUGGUCGAGUUAACAAGACGUUUGAUGGCCUCUACGAUAUGAUACUCAGGGAUCAGUUUCUGUUUAUGUGUAACAAAGAAUUGACAUUGUUUUUGAAAGAACGCAUACCGAAAAACAUCAGGAUCGAAGAACACUGUGUGGUUAAAUCUCUUAUCCAAUGGUUAACUUUUAACCAUUGGUUAAAAUCUGUUGCUCAAAAUAUAUCCACCGGUUAA